AUGGAUCCCUCCGAUUUGUUGGAAGCUAAUCAAGCAUCUAGUCAGCCUUCGCUAACAGAGGACAACAUCGGCAUGGAGCCUAAAUAUUAUAACGCUGCCGCAGAAGGUAAAUUUGAGGACUUCAAAGGUAUUACAAAGCCUCUUAACCAACUACUAACCCCAAAUAGAAACACAGUCCUUCAUAUUCACCUCACAAGCUUAAUUAAAGAAUCAGAAUCAUCAGUGGCCUUUGUCGAAGAUAUUCAUAGAAACUGUUCAUCUCUGCUAAGGCAAGCUAAUGUCAAAGGUGAAACUCCCUUGCAUAUCGCGGCAAGGUAUGGACAUGCCCUCAUCGUGGAAGUUCUAAUUGAACGUGCAAAAGAAGACCCCGAAAGUAGGGUUAGUGAAACGGUGAAGGGGAUGUUGGAGAGGACGAAUAAUGAAAAAGAUACGGCGUUCCAUGAGGCUGUACGUGGUAAUCAUCUUGAUGUGGUGAAACGUUUGAUCCAGGAGGGCUCAGAUAUUGCAUAUUCUCAAAAUGAUGCUGGUGAGACUCCACUUUACAUUGCUGUGGAGAGAGGAUUUGACAAAGUGGCGUUUCACAUUUUGGAAAACUGCACAUCACCGGCUCAUGAUGGUCCCCUUGGUAGAACAACGUUGCACGCUGCAGUAAUUCGGCAAAAUAGAGGUAAUGGCGUAAUGCCUAUUUAUUAA